UUGUUGUUUUUUUAAAUCUUUUGUCUAUUUUGUUUACAUUGCCUCCAAACUUCUGUAAAUAUGGACUGUAUGGAUUUCCCGAGAGUUUUCCCUAAUUCUCCCAGAAAAGCGCGCGGACAGAUACAGGUCAUCUUUGGACCCAUGUUUUCUGGAAAAAGUACUGAGCUGAUAAGGAGAGUACGGCGCUUUCAGGUUGCGCAAUACAACUGUUUGGUGGUGAAAUAUGAAAAAGACACUCGAUACUCUGACACAGGCAUGGCUACACAUGAUAAAAACACUAUGGAUGCGGUGCCUGCAAGCUGUUUAGCAGAUAUCCGUCCUCUCGCAUUGAAAGCCUGUGUCAUCGGAAUUGACGAAGGACAAUUUUUUCCUGAUACUGUGCCAUUUGCUGAGGAAAUGGCAAACUUAGGAAAAAUAGUCAUUGUGGCAGCGUUGGAUGGAACCUUCCAAAGAAAAGCAUUUGGAAACAUUCUGAGUCUGGUUCCUUUGGCGGAGAGCGUGGUGAAGCUCCAUGCAGUCUGUAUGCAGUGUUACAAAGAAGCAGCUUACACAAAGAGGACAGGAGCAGAGACGGAGAUUGAGGUGAUCGGAGGAGCAGACAAGUAUCAGGCCGUGUGCAGAAAGUGCUAUGGUGGUCUGGUGGACAAGGAGAACAGUGCCCCCUUCAAAGGGGAGACCCCACAAUAUGGAAAAUUGCUGGAUGCAAGCAUGCCCCGGAAACUCUUCUCUGGCUUGCACCUCUGAAAAUAAGAUGCACUUAAUUUGUUAAACAACUUUAUGAAUGAAUUUAAUAAGGAUUUGUUUUUUUAUUUUCCUAUGGAAUAAUUUAAAUUAUUUUUAGAUUAAAAAUGGCACAUUUGUCUUUUAUAAUUUUACUUUACUCUUUACCUUUUUAAUGUUAAUCAGCAUGUGGUGACUGUUCUGAAGCUUGUGUAUGUGCACAGUGUAAUUCAACGCCUUCAAAUGCUUUUGACGACUAAAAUAACCUGUUUUAAUUCUGGCUUUGAUUCUCUGAAGCUGCGCAGGCAACUGGAAGUGCAUGAAAAAUACAGGUAGCACAAAUACAAUAUUUUUAUUCUAUAUACAUUAACAGUUACACAUGUAUAUAAUAUAAAGGUCAGUUUUUCUUUUAAA